AGAAGGAGAGGGUUUUUUCGGUGCUAAAAGCAGAGACGCGGGCUUGCAUAUCUUCUUCUUCUUCUUCUUUACCUCCGUCGCGGCGUACAAGAGGAAAAAGAUAAAGAGAGAGUGACAAGCGAACGACGUCGUUUUCUUCAGAUCUGUGAGAGAAAGACAGAGGGAGGGAGAGGGAGGGAGAGAGAAUGAGUGGCAAAGGAGGAGGAGGUGCUAGCAGCAAUAACAAUGGGAAGGGCAAUAGUGGAAUCUCGGGGAUACCGGCGGGGUCAAGGAAGAUGGUGCAGAGCUUGAAGGAGAUUGUUAACUGUCCAGAGCCCGAGAUCUACGCUAUGCUUAAAGAGUGUAAUAUGGACCCUAACGAGGCCGUUAAUCGCCUCCUCUCUCAAGAUCCUUUCCAUGAGGUCAAGAGCAAACGAGAAAAGAAAAAAGAGAAUAAGGAGACAACUGAUCCCAGGUCACGUGGUGCUAACAACACAACUCAUCGUGGUGGCAGAGGUGGCGCAGACCGUUAUGGCCGUGGUAGUUCGACUCAGCCCAGCUCUAAUGAGUUUGGUGUAUCACAUGGAAAACCUGCGUACAAGAAGGAAAAUGGAACACAUGCUUAUGGUGGUGGUUCAUCCUAUGUGUCCAGUGUGGCUGGAAGUAAUGUUAAUCGGCGACCUGCAUUGCACAGUGAUUCUGUGGCCACAGAAAAUAAAAUGUCAAAUGCAGGUUCAGGUGAUGGAAUUUCAUCAUUACAACCUCCUUCUGGAUUUCAAUCUCCAUGGAUGGGGGUCCCAGGUCAGGUGUCCAUGGCUGACAUUGUGAAGAUGGGGAGGCCGAGUAAUAAGACAUCUGCAAUGCCACCUCACCAUGGUGUUAAUCAUCACUAUGCUGCAGCAACUCCUUUGGCAGCAUCAAAUCAUGAUUUGCAUUUAUCAGAAAAUCAUGCUGCCAAGAUGUCAGAAAUAAAUGCAGAGCCAGAAGUUAGUGCAAGCCAGUAUGUUCAUUCCAAUGACGACUGGCCCUCUAUUGAGCAGCCAUCAGCUACCAGUGUACCCUCUGUUUUAGAGGCUCCUGUAGAUUCUGAGCUAUAUGCUGAUCCAUCUAACUUGACGUUGGAUAGAGUUAAUCAGCAUAUGAAGUCCCAGUUAGAUGAUGUUCAGCCAGCAGAAGAGGGUCAUGUUGAAACGCUAAAUGGAAACCAAGUCGGACCUGCUUCUGUAUCCAGUAGAAAUAUACAGGAAGAUGCUUCUGUAGGUUCAUCUAUUUUUGAUAAUAAUAUAUAUGGGAAUGUAAGUUCAUACCAGCCUCCCAGGCAUGCUUUUGAGCAUGAAGCUGAAGAUGGUGCGUCAUCGGUGGCUGCAAAUUUACAGCAACUAAGCUUACAGAGUGAUGAUCAAGGGACAGAACCUGAUGAGGAUAAUCCUUCUGUAAUAAUUCCAAAUCAUCUACAAGUUCAUGCUCAAGACUGCUCACACUUGAGCUUUGGUAGUUUUGGAUCUGGUCUUAAUUCUGGCUUUUCUGGGCCAUUUGCAUCAAGGCCUAUAAAAAAUAACCUGGAAGAGAUAUCUGAAGCGGUGGAUGCCCAAUCAGCUGCACACUCAGAUACUAGAAAUCCAGAGUAUUAUGGGGAUGAGCAUCUAAGAAAUACUGCAGACGAAAGUUUAAUACAUAGAGCUGGUGUGAGUCCUGGUAAUUAUGAGUCCCCUUCAGUUCCACAACCAGAGGUGCUGAAGGAGGAAUCCCCUGAAGCUCAGGCAAAUCAGUAUACGUUUCCUUCAUCUGCCCCUGGAUAUACUUAUGAGAAUUCCCAACAGUUGAAUGCUGCAUUUAAUAAUCCACAGACAAGCUCUCAGAUGCAGAAUCUGACUCCUUUCUCAAGUGUAAUGCAGGCAUAUACAAAUUCAUUGCCGAGCACUUUGUUGGCUUCAACUGUUCAACCGGGAAGGGAGCCAGACCUUCCAUAUUCACCCUUCCCUGUGACGCAAUCAAUGCCCACUAAAUACAGUAAUACAGCUUCUUCUAUCACUGGUCCAAGCAUUUCUAUGCCAGAGGCUCUGAGAGCUAAUAGUAUUUCCACACCUCAGCCAACUCAACAGACACUUCCCGGUGCCAGUGUUGCUACAGGACCUACUCUUCCACAACAUCUUGCUGUGCAUCCUUAUUCGCAACCUACCCUUCCACUGGGACCUUUUACGAAUAUGAUUGGCUAUCCUUUCUUGCCGCAGAGUUACACAUACAUGCCAUCUGCUUUCCAGCAGACCUUUGCUGGUAACAACACAUAUCAUCAGUCUCUAGCAGCAGUGCUUCCACAAUACAAGAAUAGUGUUUCUGUAAGCAGCUUGCCUCAGUCUGCUGCUGUAGCUUCUGCAUAUGGGUUUGGGAGUUCAACAAGCAUUCCUGCUGGGAACUUUCCUCUGAAUCCCCCUGCUGCUCCUGGAGGCACAACCCUAGGCUAUGAUGAUGUAUUAAGUUCUCAGUACAAGGAUGGCAACCAUUUGAUCUCACUUCAACAAAAUGAUAACUCUGCCAUGUGGGUUCACGGGCCUGGUUCACGAACGAUGUCUGCCGUCCCUGCCAGUACAUAUUACAGCUUCCAGGGACAGAAUCAGCAGCCUGGUGGGUUUCGGCAAGGUCAACAGCUGUCACAGCAUUUUGGGGCUCUUGGUUACCCGAAUUAUUAUCAUUCACAAACAGGGAUAUCACUCGAACAUCAGCAGCAAAACUCAAGGGACGCAUCCCUUGGUGGCUCCCAGGGCCAACCCUCAAAGCAGACUCAACAGUUAUGGCAAAACAGCUACUAAAUCUCAUCACCUCAUGGUUUUUCAGGGUCUUGUAGUGAGUUUGAAAGAGGCCAAUCACAGCAUUUCUGUGAUUGAAUAAUUUAUGUAUGAUCAUCGGUGGUCUAAAGGGACCCCCUGACCAGCUACUGCCCUGUGCCACGAAGUUGUAUUUUAGAUAUUUGUCAUCUGGUUAACCUAGGAACGAACAAGUGUGCUAAUUUGGGUUAGUGGACUACGUUUCCCUUCACUCUUUGUUCUCUUGUUCUCAUUAUAGUGAAAUUUAACUUUUCUGUUUACUGUGAUUACCUAACCGUGUACUUGAAUGAGUAAAUUAGAAUUGUUGGACUUAAA